AAAGAGCUGACCACUAACCGCAGGCCUAAAGAGAAUUAUGCUUGAGUAUGUAUAUGACCAUAACCCUCCGAACAGUUAAUCAGUUCCUGAGUGUGCGAGUAAUGGCUGAGCCGCGGCUGCUCCGAGCUACUUUUUAUUCCCAAGACGCAGAAUAUGCAUAAAUCCUGGCUCCUCUUCUUGGAAAGGCUGCAUCAUAAUAAAUACGUCACUAUCCUGCUUGGGUUGAGCUAAGUGCGUAGCUAUCUGUAAGCUACAACAACAAGCCUUCCAGCACCAUGUCCGCGGACAACGCUGGGAUUUCUCUGACAUCCUCACGCAUGGAGACGAUACCUGCGUCAGAUCCAAACCAAAGACAGCCUUAAUUUGUCCAGCACGCACACACCAACACACACACGGACACACUCUCUCUCUCUCUCACUCACUCUCUUUCCUACACACACGUACAGAGAGAGGGACUUGAUCGCAUUGCGGGGCUGUUGUCGCAACAGAGAGGACGCGAGGAUUUAAAGGAAUGAUGGAAGAAACAGCUGCUGCAGCCCCGGCCUCUGGCACCAGUGCUGUCCCAUCAACUCCAAGGCCUCAACCUGGCUCCUUUAUCCCUUCCCGCAGUCUCCUAGAGUGGAGAAGGAGGGUCAAGUCUGAGUAUAUGCGCCUUCGCCAGUUAAAACGCCUUAAAAAAGUAGACGAGGUCAAGAGCUUGUUCAUGUCCAACAGGCAAAAGAUUGAGCUGCAGACUAAUCUCCUGAAUACAGAGUGGUCCAAGCUCAGGAUUCAGGCCAUCCCUGUCUCAACCUUUAGUGGAUCUCUGGCAAAUAAGAAGAUGUGUGCAGUGGAGUUCGGGUUCCCGGGAUUUAAUUCUCAGGCCGUUCCAAUGAAACCUCUGUCUACGGUGGCAGGAAUCCCUUUCAUGUACUCGUGGUCACCACUGCAGCACAACUUCAUGGUGGAGGAUGAAACUUUCCUACACAACAUUCCCUACAUGGGUGAUGAGGUGCUUGAACAGGAUGAGGCCUUCUUAGAGGAACUCAUUGACAACUAUGAUGGCGUUCAUGGUGACAGGGAGGGCGGGUUCAUCAGCGACGAGAUCUUUAAGGAGCUUGUGGAUGCCUUGAGCCAAUACUCUGACCAUGACGAAGACGAAGAGGAGGACGCAGGGGUGACAGCAGCAGAGGUUACAUGGAAGAAAGAGGAAGAGCGGAUGAUGAUGAGGAGGAGCUCAGUGGAAGGCUCGGAAGAGACUAAAGCUGGAACAUUAAUCAGGAAAAAAAGGAGAGGCACCACAGAGGUGAAAGAUGUGUCCGGCAGCAAGAGGAUCCCCAACGAUAAGAUAUUUACAGCCAUCGCCUCGAUGUUUCCCUACAAGGGCACCACAGAGGAGCUGAAGGAAAAGUACAAGGAUCUACAGGAGCCACCAGGCCCAGUAAAACUUCCCCCCCUCUGCACUCCCAACUUAGAUGGGCCUUUUGCAAAAUCUGUGCAGAGGGAGCAGUCGUUGCAUUCCUUCCACACGCUCUUCUGUAGACGUUGCUUCAAAUACGACUGUUUCCUCCACCCUUUUCAUGCAACACCCAAUGUUUACAAGAGGAAGAGCAAGGAGAUCCGCAUGGAGACUGAACCGUGUGGGGAAGACUGCUUCCUGUUACAGAAAGGAGCUAAAGAGUUCGUAGAUCGGAACAUGUUACGGUCGCAGAGAUCUCGUAGGCGACGGAGGCAGCAGCGACCCGCCGGUUCCAGCGGUUCUGGACCAACUGGGUCUGCUGAGGAAGGCAAGGAGGGUGAAAGUGACCACGAAACCACUUCCUCCUCAGAGGGAAAUUCCCGCUGCCAGACUCCAACCAAGCUGCGUCCAGGUGAAGAUGAAAUGGAGCAGCAGGAGUGCUGUGUGGUCCAGUGGAGUGGAGCUGAGGAGUCACUCUUCAGGGUGCUGCACGGCACAUACUUUAACAACUUCUGCUCCAUUGCACGUCUCAUUGGUACCAAGAACUGCAAACAGGUCUACGAGUUUGCAGCGAAAGAGGUUCUGAUCCACCGGGUCCCUUUGGUAGAUGGAGGCAUCUCACCCCAAAAGAAGAAAAGGAAACACAGGUUAUGGGCAAAGAUUCAGCUGAAAAAAGAUAACUCCUCCAAUCAGGUGUACAACUAUCAGCCAUGUGACCACCCCGACCACCCAUGCGACAGCUCCUGCCCCUGUGUGAUGACCCAGAAUUUUUGCGAGAAGUUCUGUCAGUGCGAACACCAGUGCCAGAACCGUUUCCCAGGCUGCCGAUGUAAAACCCAGUGCAACACCAAGCAGUGUCCAUGCUACCUGGCCGUACGAGAGUGUGACCCAGAUCUCUGCAUGACCUGUGGAGCUGCCGACCACUGGGACAGCAAAGUGGUGUCCUGUAAGAACUGCAGCAUCCAAAGAGGCCUUAAAAAGCAUCUGCUGCUGGCUCCAUCAGAUGUUGCUGGUUGGGGAACAUUCAUCAAAGAGCCUGUGCAGAAGAAUGAAUUUAUCUCUGAGUACUGCGGAGAGCUGAUCUCUCAAGAUGAGGCAGACCGACGAGGAAGGAUUUACGACAAAUACAUGUCAAGCUUCCUUUUCAAUUUGAACAACGAUUUUGUAGUGGAUGCCACACGAAAGGGGAACAAAAUUCGAUUUGCAAAUCAUUCAGUUAACCCCAACUGCUAUGCUAAAGUUGUGAUGGUUAAUGGAGACCACCGUAUUGGAAUCUUCGCCAAGCGAGCCAUCUUGCAGGGGGAAGAGCUCUUCUUUGACUACAGAUACAGCCAAGCUGAUGCUCUGAAGUACGUGGGAAUAGAGCGGGAAGUGGACAUGACUUAGCUUUCUUUCUAUAUCUAUAUGGCCUUCGUUCAACAUCUCUGUACGUUAUGCAAGCUUUUUCAGCAUACAUAAUGUAGAUCAGUGAAGUGCAUGUGCUGUCUUUUGACACAUCACCAACUAAACGUGUUAGCCAAGUGCUUUAGCUUCAGUCAGAUGCUUUUCCUGUUCGGUUGCGUAGUAUUGUGGAUAAUAACGUUAUACCCUGACUGUUCCACUGAAAAGCUUGCAUCAUUAACACAUUUCUGCCAUGAAAUAAGCUCAUUUAUAUCAAUGUUCUGCAAAAAUAGGCAACUAGAUGACAAACCGACUGACUGAAUGUAACUUUAGAUGGCAAAGAAGAGGUCUUGCCUCACAAAAUUCCAGAAUUGGUACUCAGAUCGUUGUAUAUACAGCAAACAUAUAAACAUCAUCAUACCAUGAUAAUAAAGUAAAAUAGUAAGAGUAAGUGUCUUCCUUUAACAUUUAAAAGAAGUGCCAAAAGAUUAUUCACUAAAAAGCUCAUAUAAUGUGCAUGUGAUACGUUGUAUAAAACAAACAGAGAAAGGUUAUUAAGUAAGGAAAAAGCUAAAUUACCCAUUGUGUAACAUUUAAUUUACCAUGCUUUUUUUGAAGUCCACUUUAUUAUACAGUGUCUUGCAAAGGUUUUCACUCUGCUUUCAUUUGGUCUCCUGACAUUGUUUUAUCACAUUACAACUACCAACGAUGGGUUUUAUGUAAUGGAUCAAUACAAAAUAGUACACAAUUGCGAAAAGAAACAACUUAGCAUUUCAAUUAUUUGGACACAUAUACAUCCACUUUUGGGGUAUUUCUCCACCAGCUUUGGACAUAAACAGACUGAUAUUUUCAUCAGUUCCACCCUGGAAAAUAGUUUAAGCUGAGAUUGAAUGAGGAAAAUAUUGAAUAUAAACAUUUAAGCAUUGUAUCUACUUUACAGCUGGCCUAAUGUUUGCUGAAAAGUGAACUUCCACUUGCCACAAGUCAGUAUUUCAGAUGUUUUAAUUGUUUUAAUUUUAUUCUGACUAGGCUUACCUGUCAGAAUAAACAGGAAAGCCUGUUUCCGUGGUUACCGUGUAGAUUUUGUUUUUUACAAUCUACAUGGUAAUUGGGGGUUUUCCUCCACACAUAAUGGACAUCAGAUUAUCAAACACACCACAUUUUUCUUUUUUAUUUGUAAAAUUAAUAUGCAUGUUUUUCCUUAUGCUUUUUGUGUUGGUCUAUCACAUAAAAUCACUACAAACGGAUUUGAUUCUGUAAAAUUUUCAAAUCUUAAAAUAAACUACAAGGAGAGUGGAUACAUUUGCAAUGCACUGUAAGUGUAUUUCAUUGAAAGCUUGCUCAUUUCAAAUGAGCUCUCCUUGAGUAGUAUUGAACAACAUGAAGGUUAAUGCUGUGUAUAGUGUAUGCCUAUAAAAAUAAAGGUUUAACUUUAUACUUUAUGAA